UACAUAUUUGGUAAUUUAGCCUACAAAUAAACUGCAUUUUGACAGAUACGUUACGCUGAUUAAACUGAGUCAACUAAAACUAUAGGGUGAAAGGCAAACGUCUCUUUCAUCCUGCACUGAAGAGGCUGGAUUUUAACUAUAAUGGGCCUCCCUUCAACUGUUCCCCUGUUAUUCAUAUGCUCACAUAGUCACUGACUCAGGCAGCCUCUUGACUGAAAAUGGCGACUAAUCCUGUCCACUCCACAUCCUGGACUGCCAUUCUUCCCCAGACCACAGAAACCUGUUUCUUUCCCAUAAGCUGUGGAUUAAGGCGGAAUGCAUAAACUACUUCCUGAUAGCAAGUUUCCAGGUAAAAAGCACUGUCACCGUUGGCACUGUUUUCCUUAAAACAUUUAAAAAUCCAUACUUUUACCUAGAAUGUCAAUAUAAAAUCAUCAGUAACUAUGGUCCAUUUUUAGGGUUAAGGUUUAUUGCUUCAGUCUCUUUCAAACAAUUUUUGAUACUUAAACCUUUACAGAAAAAUUUAUAAAGUUCCACAUAUAUCAACAAUUCAUAAAUUCCAAGGGGCUUUUGGAUAGUCAUUUUUUUUUAUCACUAUAAAAAUUUCACUUCCCAUUUAAAAAAAGUGCACACACUUACACGAGGCUAACUGCUCAUUACAUGCUCAGUCACAGGGUGACAGAAAAAAAAGUCACCACCAUAAAAGGAUGUCUGCCUAGCCACUCUUAAAACAACAUGCCACGGUUAACUUACUUCAGUUUGGACAAGUACUGACAGCGACUACACAGAGACCAAAACGAGUCACUGAUACACACCCUGACCACCACCAAUGGAUAUACAAAUGGCUAACAAUUUCACUACGCUCUCUACAACUCCUCAGGGAAAUGACUGUGACCUCUAUGCACAUCACAGCACGGCCAGGAUAGUAAUGCCUCUGCAUUACAGUCUUGUCUUCAUCAUUGGGCUUGUGGGAAACUUACUAGCCUUGGUCGUCAUUGUUCAAAACAGAAAAAAAAUCAACUCCACCACCCUCUAUUCAACAAACCUGGUGAUUUCUGAUAUACUUUUUACCACUGCUUUGCCUACACGAAUAGCCUAUUAUGCCAUGGGCUUUGACUGGAGAAUUGGAGAUGCCUUAUGUAGGAUAACUGCGCUAGUGUUUUACAUCAACACAUAUGCAGGUGUGAACUUUAUGACUUGCCUGAGUAUUGACCGUUUCAUUGCUGUGGUACACCCUCUACGUUACAAUAAGAUAAAGAGGAUUGAACAUGCAAAAGGCGUGUGUAUAUUUGUUUGGAUUCUAGUAUUUGCUCAGACACUCCCACUCCUCAUCAAUCCUAUGUCAAAGCAGGAAACUGAAAGGAUUACAUGCAUGGAGUAUCCAAACUUUGAAGAAACAAAAUCUCUUCCUUGGAUUCUGCUUGGGGCAUGUUUCAUAGGAUAUGUACUUCCACUUAUAAUCAUUCUCAUCUGCUAUUCUCAGAUCUGCUGCAAACUCUUUAAAACUGCCAAACAAAACCCACUCACUGAGAAAUCUGGUGUAAACAAAAAGGCUCUCAACACAAUUAUUCUUAUUAUUGUUGUGUUUGUUCUCUGUUUCACACCUUACCAUGUUGCAAUUAUUCAACAUAUGAUUAAGAAGCUUCAUUUCUCUAGUUUCCUGGAGUGUAGCCAAAGACAUUCGUUCCAGAUUUCUCUGCACUUUACAGUAUGCCUGAUGAACUUCAAUUGCUGCAUGGACCCUUUUAUCUAUUUCUUUGCAUANGUUAUGAGGAUGCUGAAACGGCAAGUCAGUGUAUCGAUUUCUAGUGCUGUGAAGUCGGCUCCUGAAGAAAACUCCCGUGAAAUGACAGAAACGCAGAUGAUGAUACAUUCCAAGUCUUCAAAUGGAAAGUGAAAUGGAUUAAAUUUUGGUUUAUGGAGAAGUAAACUGUACAACAAACUUUGCCGGACUUUUGUUAUAAACCAAAUUAAUUGUUUGGCUUUAAAUUAGGAUUCUUCAUAUUUCUUUCAUUGGGCACUUUUCCCAUCUCCAACUCAGAAGUAAGCUCAAGAGAACAACAUAAAGCAAACAACAAAAAGCAAAAUAAAAAUGAAAAUAAAUACUUCAUUUUUAUUUGUAAAUGAAAUAAUAUACCAAAAGGAGGUUAUCUGCAUAAUUCUCAAUGUAAAAAGUUUUUUUAAUAAAAAAUUAAUUAUUAAUAUUUCUUGCCAACAAAUGGCAAAAGAAAAAGGACUGAAUAGAUUAUAUAUUGCCAGAUGUUAAUACUGUAACAUACUUUUUUUGUAACAUAUUUCUUAAAUCAAUAUUUCUCUCAAUGUUAGAUUUAAUUCCCUCAAUAACACCAGUUUUUUGUUUUGUUUUGUUCUGAGUCAUAAAACUUUGUUAAAUAACUCUUUUGGAAUAAACAGCAGGAAGCUGCAAAGUUA